GCUGAUGAAGAGCAUGUUGUCCAUGAGCUGUGUACAGUGAAGGCUGGUUUCUGAGCAUUUCCUUUCUCACAAUCAGAUGAAUGGCUUUGGAAGACUGGAGCAUUUUUCGGGAGCUGUGUAUGAAGGACAGUUUAAGAACAAUAUGUUUCAUGGACUGGGGACUUACACAUUCCCAACUGGGGCAAAGUACACUGGAAAUUUCAAUGAAAAUAGGGUAGAAGGUGAGGGAGAAUACACUGAUAUUCAAGGCCUGCAGUGGAGUGGUACCUUCCACUUCACAGCUGCUCCGGGACUGAGACUAAAGCUCUACAUGUAGAUACCCUGCACUAAUGCUGAGAUGUGGCCACUGGAGCUCCCCUGUAGGCAAAGCAACUAAACCUUCAACUGGAAUGACCUGCCCUCCCCUGUAAGCCUACCAAUAAACUGUCAUUCACUUA